CGUGGUCCGGCGCCCCCAGGCGGAGGCGCCGGGCGGAACCGCGUCCGCACUGGCUGCCGCCGCUCCUGCCGGGUGAGUACUGGGCUGCGGCGGGACGCUCGGGGUCGUCGGAGGCCCGGAGCAGAAGGGACCCACACGGCCCGCGAGGCCCCGAGGAGCGGGGCCGACGGCGGGUGGGCCAAGGACCGCGUCCUCCCCGCCCCGCGCAGCGACAGGCCGCCAGCUCCAGCUCUCCUUCCUCUGGACCCCGCCCAUGCCCUAGGAUCCAGCAGGGAGAAGAAGGCAAUGGCUGCUGGGCCUCUGCCACUGAGAGCUCAGUUUCAGGAGUCUGACAUUCGUGGAUGUGUCUGUGGAUUUCACUUAGGAGGAGUGGACUCCUCUAGAUUCUGCCCAGAGGAACUUGGAUGGGAAAGUGAUGCUGGAAGACUACAGGAACCUGGUUCCGCUGGCCAGGCUCACUGUGGAGGAAAGAGAAGAAAGAGCAAGAACUGAAAGAAGUCAGAGCUAGAGUGCCUCUGAUUUACUUACCAAAGAAGGGACUUGAGAGUAUUUGCAAGAACAGAGAGGAGAAACUAAAGACCCAGAAAAGCAGAGCAAGAGAUGGAGCCCAGAAAACAUGAUGGUGUGCAAACUCUGCAUCUUGUUCUUCCCAUAUUUUCUCCGAUGUCACUGCCAGAUGAAGCUACCGUUUAAUCUUAACCUGUCUGAUGCCAGGACAAGAAAGUAUCGAUGGAGCGCUAUGCUCUGCUCUUCCCCAGGCAUCAUCUGAUUCAUUCAUCCCAACAAUCCUACGGGUGCCUGGCUCAAUAAAUACUUAAUGAAUGAUUUACUGUGUUCAGAAGAUCCGGCUGCUCGACAGAUAAUGCACUGUAAGUGGCAAAUACUGGGAGACAAGACUUGAAACUAAAGAAUUAACUACAAAGACCAACAUUACUGAAGAUUUAUCCUGUGGGGUCAUAAUGGAAAAAGGUGUCUGGCAUUCUUCUUUAGGGGAAAUGUGGGAACCUGAUCAUUGGUUAGAGGGGCAACAGAAAAACCAGGAUAGACAUCUGAGUCAAGUGGCAGUUACCCAUAAGGAAACCCUCACUGAGAGGGCAGCAUGUGGAAAUGAUGAUUUUGAAAGAUGUUCAAGUCAGGGUUCAAUCCUUGAUACACAACAAAGUAUUCCUGUGGGAAAAAGACCCCAUAAUUGGAAUUCAUAUAGAAAAGACACUAAACAAAACUCUGAAUUAAUUAAAACUCAAAGAAUGUUAGUAGGAAAGAAAAUCUAUGAAUGUAGUGAAUGUGGGAAAGCCUUCAGCCAGAGUUCAUCCCUUCUUAAGCACCAGAGGAUUCAUACAGGGGAGAAACCCUAUAAGUGUAAUGUAUGUGGGAAGCACUUCAUUGAACGCUCCUCCCUUACUGUACAUCAAAGAAUUCAUACUGGAGAGAAACCCUACAAAUGUAAUGAAUGUGGGAAAACCUUCAGUCAGAGCAUGAACCUUACUGUUCAUCAAAGAACUCAUACUGGAGAGAAACCCUAUCAGUGUAAAGAGUGUGGAAAAGCUUUCCGUAAGAACUCAUCCCUUAUUCAACAUGAAAGGAUUCAUACUGGAGAGAAACCCUACAAAUGUAAUGAAUGUGGGAAAGCUUUUACCCAAAGUAUGAAUCUUACAGUGCAUCAAAGAACUCAUACAGGAGAAAAACCCUAUGAGUGCAAUGAAUGUGGAAAAGCCUUCAGUCAAAGCAUGCAUCUUAUUGUACAUCAAAGAAGUCACACUGGAGAAAAGCCCUAUGAAUGCCGUGAGUGUGGAAAAGCCUUUAGCAAGAGCUCAACUCUUACCCUGCAUCAGCGUAAUCACACUGGAGAAAAACCCUACAAAUGUAACAAAUGUGGGAAAUCCUUUAGCCAAAGUACAUACCUUAUAGAACAUCAGAGACUCCAUUCGGGAGUAAAACCUUUUGAAUGUAAUCAGUGUGGAAAAGCUUUCAGUAAGAAUUCAUCUCUUACUCAACAUCGGAGAAUUCAUACUGGAGAGAAACCUUACGAGUGUAUGGUAUGUGGAAAACACUUCACUGGACGUUCAUCCCUUACUGUACAUCAGGUUAUUCACACUGGAGAGAAACCUUAUGAAUGCAAUGAAUGUGGAAAGGCUUUCAGCCAGAGUGCAUACCUUAUUGAACAUCAAAGAAUUCAUACUGGUGAGAAACCCUAUGAAUGUGAUCAGUGUGGAAAAGCCUUCAUUAAGAAUUCAUCUCUUAUAGUGCAUCGGAGAACUCACACAGGAGAGAAACCCUAUCAGUGUAACGAAUGUGGAAAAGCAUUCAGUCGGAGUACAAACCUGACACGACAUCAGAGAACACAUACAUGAGGAAAGCUUUCACUGGGUCCUGCACCAUGAUUAAACUCUUCAGUGAUAAUCAGACAUGUCAAGCAAUGUAGAAACCCAAUAAAUGUGGCAACUGUAGCAAUCUUUUGGUUGAUGGAUUAUGUACUCAAUCAGAUACUACAGAACACUGCAGAGAAACCACAUACAAGCAGGGAAAUCUUAAUCCAGAAAGCAAAAUUUGUAUCAGAAGGUUUAAGUAGGUAAUGAUGAUUUGUGCUGAAGGUAAGUCCUGUUGUAUCAUACUGCAGAUACUUUGGACAUCAGAGACUUUACGUUGGAGAAAGAAUGUGGGAGUGCUUAACAGGACAGCCCAAAGACCUGGUACACAGUACUGAUCAGCCACUAACUUGGACAAGUCACCACUUUCACCAGGUCACAGUGUCCUUAUUUAGUAAACGAGGGAAUUUCGAUUUGGAAGGUCUCCAAGAUCCCUAUUAGCUCUAAAAUGCUAUAAAGCUGUAAAUAUACUGAAUGCUGGGAGAUCCUUGAUCUUUUAACACAUCAUAUAUGUUAUCUAGAUGCUCCUUUUCCACUAUCUAGUUUCCUUGGAUACUUUGAGUUAAAAUUCUCUACCUCUCCCAAAUCCUAUUAUCCUUCCAUGUCGGUCCUCCUCCCCCUGCAUUAUUUUCUCCCCUAAAAUAUAGGUGGUUGCUACCAGGCAAUGGAAUACACAAAUCUUAAUGCAA